UGCCUCCUAGGGGGAAAAUGUGCUUUUUCUAGUGACCAAUUUCAUCGCUACAGCAAAGCAAGCUCAGGGCACCUGUCCUGAGAGUCCCUCUGUUCUUGAUGCGAUGUGCACAGAAGAUGCAGACUGUCCCAUGGGAAACCCAGUGGUUCAUGGCAAUGGGAUAAAAACUGGGAAAUGUGUGAUGUUCAACACCACCCAUUCGACCUGUGAGAUCUAUGGUUGGUGUCCUGUGGAGAACAACACCCUGCCCAGGUGCAACACUUUGCAAACCAAUGACCCCACCUAUUUCAAGAGCUGCACUUACGAUCUGUUCUUCAACCCCUCCUGCCCUGUCUUCCGUGUCCGUGACAUGGUGGAGGCAGCUGGAGAGACCUUUGGAGGCCUUGCACUGCUG